UAGUGAUAUCUCUUAGACUGUCUCGUCGUGUACCCUCGUCAGUUUUAAACUACGUAUCUUCCUCUAGCGUCUCGGAUCGGCACCUUGGGACAGGAGCGCAGCAGCAGCUUUUGUAACUAUAUCAAACUUCACGAUUUUACAUUUUAGCCCUCGUACUAGAAGCACUGUUGAACAUGCCGACUUGCUCAUCAACAGUAUUCAUGUCCCCGCUCUAACGGAAACAUCACGUUCUCCAACAUGCGCAAUCAGAGGUUGUAUUUCGACCAUCCCGCCCACGUUGUGUCCGUGGCGGUCGCCUUCCCCGUCAUCAGCAUCAUUUUCGUCAGCCUGCGGUUUUGGGCGCGCAAGGUCCAGAAGCAGCCCCUCAAGGCGGACGACUGGCUGAUCGUACUGGCAACACUUUUAACGGUCGGCCUCGGUAUCACCCAACUUUAUGGCGUUUAUACGGGGGCUUUGGCAUAUCCUACUCAGAUACCACCUGGCUAUACGGGAAGGGUUUCUGGGCUCCAUACGACACAGUUAAUCAUAAAGUCUCAGAUCGAAUGGGCAUACGCUCAAAUGUUCGUCUUGGCGCUGGGGUGUAUUAAGGCGAGCUUCCUGUUCUUCUAUAUGCGAGUAUUUGCCAUCGAGAAGAAGUCCUUCGUCAGCAAACUCCUCACUGGGCUCAUUAUCUUCGAGGCCGUAUGGACGGCGGCGCUUUACUUGUCGGUGCUGUUCGAAUGCGGCCACAGAUUUUGGUUUAUAUGGAGCUCCGACGACGAGUACACGACGCACUGCAUAAGGACUCACCCCCGAUAUUUCACCCUCUGCAUCAUCGACAUAAUUACAGAUAUCGCAAUAAUAUCCAUCCCUAUUCCGUUAGUCCUGCGGUUAAAUUUGUCCAGGAGCAGGAAAAUCGCCGUCAGUUCGGUAUUCCUCCUCGGUGGAGGGUCUUUUUUUGCGUCCCUGAUCCGGUUUGUGAUGACUGCGGGGAAUCUCGUAGGAGGGAAUAAUAUCACUUAUGACAACAUCAUUGGAGCAACUGGUAGUGCAUAUUGGGCCACUGUUGAGUGCGGCGUCGGCGUCAUGGCCGCUUGCCUCCCCACUGUGCAGUUUGUUAUUCGGAAACGUUUCACGGAAUGGUCCGCCUGUAAUAGGAAAGACGGAUUCGGCUCUCGAUCAACGGACCCCGGCGGACAUGUCGCUCACUCCAACCGGUCUGCUGAGGUUGCAUUCGCCAAAAUGGAUACAUGCCCCAACCUACCAGCAUCGCUAGUCUAUCCGGCGAGCAUCUGGACCGAAGAGUCGAUUGGCAAAGAAAACUUUGCAUGGGACGAACGAAUAUUAGACAUGACUCGGUGACAGUGGUAGGACUUGUCGGGAUAUAAGGAGGGAGGAAGGUUGUCGAGAAACAUGACGGUUGACACCCCCUUUUUUUUUCACUGAGGCUACCGGUGCGUCUCAUCUAGUCAAGCUGUCCUUAAUAUUCCUCACAGGAGGACCGCAAGGCUCACUAGUAUUAGCACAAUUUAGCUGUUUGUAGAGGCUUGUAAGAUACCCAAAUACCAGUCGUUCGUCAUUAACAAGGUCAGCUCACGGGAGUCAUUACUAGUCACAACCCUACAUGUC